AUGCCGCCCAAGGCACCCCUCAAUUGGGGACUUCUGCCCCCGUCCUUCCUUCUGCCGUCGUCGACACGCUCCCUCAUCUCCUUACUGCAGCAGAAUGCGACACAGGCCCCAAGACCUACAAUCGCAUACACAUCGAUUCGAACCAUCAAAUCCACAUUCAAGCCCAAACCCGAUCGGUUCGCGCACCAUCCUUCGAAGCCUGCGUUGAACAGCACAUCCACCGCCGCGCUCCAACGGAAAGCACACAGUACUCCCCUGCGGACAGGCCUCCUCGCAAACAAAAAGGGCAUGACUGCUGUCUACGAUCCCGAGACGGGGAAGAGGACAGCAUGCACCGUGUUGCAACUGGACCGCAAUGAAGUCGUGGCGCACAAACGGAGAGAAAAGAAUGGGUAUUGGGCCGUACAGAUAGGAGCUGGACAGAAGGAGGCGAGGAACAUCACACGGCCCAUGCUGGGACACUUCGCCGCCGCCAAAGUGCACCCGAAGAGAUGGAUGGCCGAGUUCAAGGUGCGCGAUGAAGCAGGCUUGCAAGUGGCCAUCGGACAGACGGUUGGCGCGAAUUGGUUUACCAAGGGACAGUGGGUAGAUGUGAAGGCGAUUAGUAGGGGUAUGGGAUUCGAAGGUGGUAUGAAACGCCACGGCUUCAGCGGUCAACCCGCCUCUCACGGUCAAUCGCUCAUGCAUCGUGGUAUGGGUUCCGCAGGUGGUUCACAAGGUUCCGGUUCCCGUGUCUUGCCUGGCAAGCGCAUGGCAGGAAACAUGGGUAACGAGAGCGUUACGGUCAAGAAUCUGAGGGUGCUGCAAGUCGAUGAGAAGAACGGAAUAGUUGUUGUAAACGGCUGCGUACCAGGCCCGAAGAACCAGAUCAUCCGCGUACAGGAUGCCCUCGGAAAGCCCUGGCCAAAGGGCCCCAUGACCACGGCAGAAGUCGCGCCUGCUGAGAUCUUGGCCACUUCUGGGAGCGCUGAGGCUACCACUGCUACUGCUUCUGCUUCUGCAUAG